UGCUCAAGAGAUUACUGCAGCAGCCUCUAAAUAAAGCCUUCCCCUUCACUCAGCACUCAGUCGGUGGAAGAGCAGGAAUCCACAUUCAGCAGAGUUGACCUACCUGUUGCACGCAGUGAUGACAUUUUACUGUGUUCUCCUGCUGUUAUCCGUGGGUGUGGCCCUUGACACAGCGCACACUCCCCAAAGGACCAAAAGAGGGUUACUUGAGCUUGCAGGAGCUAUCAGAUGCAGCACCGGGAGAUCUGCUUUAAAUUACAUGAUGUACGGAUGCUACUGCGGGCUGGGGGGUCAGGGCUGGCCCCGAGACAAGGCAGACUGGUGUUGCCACAAGCAUGACUGCUGUUAUGGAGAUGCAGAAAAUCUUGGUUGCUUCACCAAAACAUCCCAAUAUCAUUGGACUUGUGAGGACAGGAAAGCAGAAUGUGAGGAUUUAGAGGACAAAUGUGAGAAGUUUUUAUGCAAGUGUGACAGAGAGGCGGCCAAGUGUUUGAGGAAAGCGCCAUACAUCAAGAAGUACGCUCUAUGGCCAGAUUUCAUGUGUGGUAACGACCACCCAACGUGCAAUAUGUACUGAUUCAAUGCAUCUUCAUGUCCAAUGUGCCUUUUGUGGAAUAGGAUAAAAAAAGACAUAUAUUUUCACCAUCAUCUGUUUUCAAUGAAACUUUGGGAAAUUUAUUAAGUAAAAGAUUUUCUGAUAACUUUUAGAAAUUAUUUUUUUUAACAAUGAAAAAAAGAGGGAUAGAGUGAAAUAGAGUGAAAGGUGUUUUUGUUCACAAUAGUUUAGCAGACUAUACUGGUUCUGGCGUGUUCAUUUAGUGCAACAGAGAAGCACCACUGGGAAAACAACACCUUCUCUGUGUUGUUUUCCAUAUUUGUCCCCAGGGUAGUCAGCUACGCUGCUGGAAACAAAUACGCCUUUUUGUAUUAUUACAGACAAUCCUUCCUUGUAUUACUCAAAAAAAAAAAAAAAAGAUAAACUGCAAAUGCAUGCUUGUAUAUACUGCAAUUGCCUUAUAUUGUAAUUUUUAUCCCUUCAAUAUUUUUUUUUACACGCUGAGGUUGUUGGAACUGGGAAAAACUUUUAUAUUUUAAAAGCCAACUCAGCUGCCCCGAAGUCCACUCGUUGUGCUUUGUCAGUGUUUUGAACAUAAAAUCUAUAAUUAAAGACUUUUAUUAAGCAAACAGCUUCAAGGAUUCUGAGUCAUCAACAGUUAUGUGUUGCUGUAGAAAGGAGGGCUAGCUGCUCAGUGGUCCUGUCCCACAAUUCUUGAGCCAUGUCUAGCUAGUGAAUAGCUGUCAGGUCACCUGAUUUACAUUUUUCUUUUAAUCUAUGAUGAAUUAUGUUUAUUUUCAGAGUUAACUUCAUUCUUAUCAGAAUGUAAACAUACCUUUACGCCACACAGCCCCACAAAGAGUGGGGCAUUUCCAAAGUCACCAAACCAGUUUCAGCUUAUCAGGUGUGAGUGACAUCUACAUGCAUACCACUGGAUGGUGCAUAAUCCUCCACCAACACAACCAGAGCAAAACAUCCAAAAGUAUGAGUUAACAUUCCUUUCUGAAAGAGUUUGCAUUUUGCUUUGCUUUUGUUUUGUUUUUUGUUUUUUUAGAGGAAGGCGUUCUUACUGAUUAAUCUUAUCAUUUUCCUCCUCUCUGCUAUAUAGCGAGCUGAACACAGCAUUUAAUCUAGCUGUCCUAGAUGUUACUAUAGAAAGCUGCUCCUCUUUACUAAGGAACACACAAAUACACCGCUCCUUUGUUCUGUGCUCAGCUUAUGUUUCUACUAAAAUGAGAGAUCCAUGGGAGAAUUAAAUGAAAAGCAUUCAGUUCACAGAUGGAAUUGGAUAUCUGGGUCAAGGCCUACAAAUGUCUGCACAGAAUCCACAAUUGUAAAUGGCAAAGACAAAACCAUAUUAGAUUCUGAGUUUAUUUUUUUAAUUCUUGGGUUAAUAGAAUUUUGGUUUCAUUUAUUACAUCAUCCAUUUUUUUCCUUAAUCAAAAAUGUUCUUUAUAUAUAUAUUUCAAGUGGCACGAGAAGUAUAACGCAUUAAAUUUAUUUGGGAUAUCA